GAACCUUUUAUCCCAGCUGCGCUAUCAGGGCUGCCUGUUCAAAUCCUCCAUCUUCCCAUCGGUGCAACACGCUGUCUCCCAUUGUCUCAGCACCUUGCCUAUCAUUCUUGAGAUAAAACCAGAGGACUUGAUGGAGAAAACAUCCACAAAUUGAAUGUGAAACUUGAGGGAGGAUUCGUUCAUGAAUUCUUGAAGCAGGUGAAUCUUCCUUUUUGGGUUUGUUUUUUUUUUUUUGCUUCUUUUAGUUAUGGCAGAAAGGAGACCAGCAGGCUAUCGGGUCCACCGAGAGAUCCUGGAUGAAGGAGCUGUGGACGAGCUGGCUGAGAAGUCGGAAUCGAAAACAUCUCUUUGUGACAAGAUCAAAAAUUCACUAAGGUGUUCUGGCCCCAGGUUCAAGAGCUGUCUGCUGGGUAGUGUUCCUGUUCUGUCGUGGUUGCCUCGUUACUCCUUCAGAGAAAAUGCAUUGGGUGAUCUCAUCUCAGGGAUCAGUGUGGGCAUCAUGCAGCUGCCCCAAGGUAUGGCAUAUGCCUUGCUGGCAGCCGUCCCUCCUGUUUUUGGCCUUUACGCCUCCUUCUACCCCGUCCUCAUCUACUUCAUCUUCGGCACGUCCAAGCACAUCUCCAUUGGAUCAUACGCAGUGAUGAGCGUGAUGGUAGGCGGCGUGACAGAGCGACUCGCCCCAGAUUCAAAUUUCAUGAUUUUUGACAAUGUGACCAACUCCAGUGUGGUGGACGUCUUUACCCGAGACGCGGAGCGGGUCAGAGUGGCUGCUGCCGUCACUUUCUUAACCGGAAUAUUCCAGAUCCUGUUUGGUUUGGUUCAUUUUGGAUUUGUGGUGACCUACCUGUCUGAGCCGCUGGUGCGAGGUUACACCACAGGCGCCGCCAUCCACGUCAUCGUGUCCCAGCUCAAGUACACCUUUGGAAUCAGCCCUUUGAGAUACAGUGGACCGCUUUCACUCAUAUAUACCGUACUGGAAGUGUGUUAUCUGAUUCCACAGACCAACGUUGGCACACUUGUGGUCAGUCUCGUCGCCAUUAUCGGCCUCAUUCUUUCCAAGGAGCUCAAUUCAUAUUUGAGUAAAAAAAUACCUGUGCCUAUACCUGUGGAGUUGCUUGCUAUUGUCAUAGCUACACUGGUGUCCUGGCAAGUUAACCUAGCGGGGAAAUAUGGAGUGGAUGUGGUUGGAGAUAUUCCAUCAGGCCUUCAGCCGCCUGUCUUCCCAACCACCUCUCUCUUCGUAGAGGUGAUCGGGGAUGCCUUUGCUCUCUCUGUGGUUGGCUACGGCAUCGCUAUCUCACUGGGACGCAUAUUUGCACUCAAGUACGGAUACAAAGUUGACAGCAACCAGGAAUUGAUCGCCUUGGGUCUCAGUAACUCCGUUGGGGGGAUUUUCCAGUGUUUUGCUAUCAGCUGUUCCAUGUCCCGAUCCAUGGUGCAGGAGAGCACAGGAGGGAAGACACAGGUUGCCGGAGCUCUAUCAGCCGUUGUUAUUCUUUUCAUCACCCUGUGGAUCGGCGCUCUAUUUGAAGAACUGCCCAAGGCAGUUCUGGCCGCCAUCGUCUACGUGAACUUGCAUGGUAUGAUGAAACAAUUCCUGGAUAUACCUGCAUUGUGGAGGACCAAUAAACUAGACAUGGUGAUCUGGAUCACCACUUUCAUCCUCACCGUGCUGUUGAACCCUGACCUGGGACUCGCCGCCGCCAUUGUCUUCUCAAUGCUUACCGUCAUCUUCAGGACACAGCUACCGAAAUACUCUGCAUUAGGUCAGGUUCCAGGCACGGACAUAUACAGGCCUUUGGAGGACUAUAAUCAGGUGAAAGAGCUUCCCGGUAUUUUGAUCUUUCGUUCAUCCGCCACACUGUACUUUGCAAAUGCUGAGAUGUACCAGGAUGCACUGGGGGAGAAGUCCGGCAUUGAUAUUACCAAAAUUCUGUCAGCAAAGAAGAAGCUUCUAGCCAAAAGGAAGAGGUAUGAGAAGAAACAAGCAAAAAUUACUGCAAAAAAUGGAAACACGGAUGAAGCAGAGACGGAGAAGGAUGUAGCCACCAUCCAGAUAGAUGCCGAGCGUGAUCCCUCAUUGCCCAUAGCCAUCAUCCUGGACCUCAGCCCUGUCAACUUCUUAGACACUGUGGGAGUCAAGACCUUGCGUGGGAUUAUCAAAGACUACGGAGAAAUUGGUAUCGAGGUGGCACUCGCUUCUUGUCAAAGCGCCGUGGUGGAUAAUCUGCACACUGGUGGUUUCUUCAACGACAAAGUGACUAAGUCUUGCGUCUUCUCCACAAUCCAUGACGCCGUGCUUCACUUUCAGGAAGUCACAGCAACGUAUUUCUGAAUGCUGGAUAAUAUAAUGAAGAAGGAAGACUCUGCCUGAGGACUGUGUUGACUGACUGGGCUCAUAUGCGCACAAAAUACGCAAGACCAAUGGAAAGAUAUUAUGGACAUACAGUACAGUAUGUACUAAUGUACUAAUAGCACAAAAUGGAAGGGUUUAUAAGCCCUGCAAUCGCAUUCACAAACAGAAAAGACAGAAAAGCGCGGCAGGGAAUGAAUGUAACAUGAUUUGGAGAAAAUCAGUGUUGGGAAUAACUGUGUUAAAAAAUAAUGUUGUUUUCCAGUAAUGGCUAAUCUAAUUAAUUACUUUUUUAAAUGUUACAACACUAAGAGUGAAGGUUUCCGACAGUGAAAUAUGACACAUUAUUAUUCACUGAUAUCUAUAAUCUGGAUGUGGCUUCAGUCGGCAUUGUUUACAAUAACCACAUGUACUGCUACUGCACAGGAAGCUAAAUAGCUAGACAACAAGAGGUAAAGUUGCACUCAGGAAAACAUUGCUACCUAGUGUUUUGGAAAAAAAUAAUUUGGAAUUAAUGUUAAAACCAAUAUUAUUUAUGGAGGUACUGCAUAUUGAAGUAGUUUUAUACUUUUCAACAAUAUUCCAAUGUAUUAUUUCAUUGUGCCUAAUGGGGUUUAUGUUCUUUUGUAUAGCAUAAUAAGGUUGAAAUACAAAUGGAUAUUGUAUUUAGAAGCCAUAAUAAUGUGUCAUCAACUGAUUUCAUUGUUUAAUAAAUUUGUGUUUCGAUGGAUAAGAAACUAUAGAGUUAACA